AUGAGAGAAAACAACUUCCGAUCGGUUCCUCUCAACAGAGCCUCCAUCUCUAUGACCACGUCGCUCUACGACCGUCGUGCUCUCGACUGCUCUGCAGAUAGGCCUCUCAUCUACUCUCUUAAUCACCUUAUUUUUCUUGCCUCCUCUUCAGACCGCGUUAGAGACUCUCUUGCAAUGGAUGGAGGUAUUGAGCAGCUUGCUGCUAUUCUUCAAAGCUGUUGCUGCGAUGAGUCUCGCACUCGCAAUAUGACCCCCAUGGAGCUCGAAAACUUUAAGACUCUGAGCGCAUGGAAAUGGACCCUGGCGUUUCAGUGCUUGGUCUUUGUUUGCAUCCAUGGAGGUGAGGAAAUCAGACGCAGAAUCGCAUCUUGCGGCAUUCUUCCUGUUAUUUCAACAGUGCUAUUUAACUUUUCCCAGCUUUCACCAAAACAAAAAUCAUCGACUUCAUCAUGUUCGCAUUCUUUACGACAUGGCUCUUUUCCAGUUGACACUGCUACUGCUACUGUUGCUGCUGCUGCCGCUCGUCGUACUGAAACAGCUGCAGAUCCCCCCCCUGCAACAAUAAAUGCAACUACAACAGUACAAACAACUUCAGUAGACAACAAUACUGGUAACCAUCGCCACCAUCACCACUAUCAUCAUCAUCAUCACCAUCAUCACCACCAUCCUAGAAUAAGACCAGAUCCUGCAACCGCUGCUGCUGUUGCAGCAGUUAAUGCAGCUGCAGCUGCUAACACUUCGACUGAUUUAUAUCUAGAUCAGCAACAACAACAACAACAACAACAGCAAGACUCAGCUGCAUCAUCAGCUGCAAGCUCUGCUGCUAGCUCAGCAGCAAGCUCAAUUGUAUCGACUUCUUCUACAAUGCCCUCCAUUUAUAGAAUGAACUCCAACAUAUCCACAUCAAGUGUUUCCACUGUUGAUGCUUCAACAACUUCUUCCAUGGUUGUGGAUCAAAACUCUAAUGCAUCUUUCCCCAGUUAUGAUGUUGUCACCCCUGUUCCUUCUCCAGCUGUUGAUGUUAAUAUGGACUUUUUCCAUUCAGAUCCCAAUAAUAGCAACUCAACUCCCACAGCUACUUCAGUUGCUGAAAAUUUCACCCUUACUGCACUUACACAACCCAACCCUCAAACAAAUGUCGGCCUUGCUGGUACGGCAACUGAAACUGUUGCUACUCCACAACAACAACAACAGCCUACAUUUGGUCUUUGGGCUGGUGAUUCGGCUGCACCAACUCCUACUCUUGAAGAACAACAGCUGCGUCAACGUCAAAUUCAGGAAGAUCGUCAAAGAUUAUUGCAGCAGCAGCAAGUGCAGCAGCAGCAGCAGCAGCAGCAGCAGCAACAACAACAACAACAACAAAGAGGACUUCAAAGAGGUGUUCAACAAACACAAGGACAGGCACAAACACAGUUGAAUCGUGGCCAAGCUGUUACUAUGCAACACCCCCAACAGCAACCCAACAAUAUGCAAUUUUACCGCCCCCACCCUCAUGAGCAUCAUAUUGUAUCUCCGCGGUCGUUUGACAGUAGUGGCCGAUUGAUUCCUCAGGAAGAAGACAUUAUUUGGUCAUUGGAAAUAUUAGCAUUUGUUUCCAAGUAUACAUACCUACGUGACAAGUUACAGUCUACUCGUAUCAUUCCAAGACUGGCAACCAUGUCUAAAGUACCUUCAGAACAUAAGGUUUACAUUCGUGAAGAAAAUACUGUUUUCCCCGAUGAUACCCUAGAGGCUAUGGAGAUUGAUGAGAUUGCCCCUAAUGGGGUUGGUGCUACUGAAAACCGCCAUACUUUUGAAUCUACUCGUGCCAAUUACAUGGAUAGUGAUGACGAAGAUAGUGAUGGUGGCUGUAGUGGUAAUCAUCAUCAUCAUCAUGAAGAUUCAUCUUAUGAUUACGAUUCAUAUGAUUUUGAAACUACUCAAGAUUUAGAUGAAGAUUGCACUGGUCCCGUGCGCAACAUUUUCUCACUGGUUGAGCCCUUUACAUUUAACACUUCCCCACAAAUUAAGUAUUGGGCUGGUGUGAUUAUGCGCAACUCGUGUCGUAAGGAUGACACUAAGGGUGGGAUUCGACAGUGUGCUAGCUUUGAGUGUGGCAAGUGGGAAAAGUAUCCUAAGCAGUUUGCCAAGUGCCGGCGGUGUAAGCGGACCAAGUAUUGCAGCAAGGACUGUCAGGUCCGUGCAUGGAAUUACCAUCGUCACUGGUGUAUGCCCACUCCUUCGGCAACCAAGAGUUGUUCUGUGCCGUCGUCGGGUUCGACGGUGUCUACAUCCUCUACGUCAUCUGCGGGUCAACACAAUCAUCAUCAGCAGUCCCAACACCAACAACAACAAAAUCAACAACAACAGCUGCAGCAACAUGCAGCAGCAUCAGGAGUAGGGACUAUGGCGGCAGGCCCGUCAGGGGCCCCGCGACAGCCUUUUUCUAGUGUUCAGACGUUGCAACAACAGCAACAACAGCAGUCACAGCUACAACUACAGCAAUCACAGCUACAACAGUCUCCAUUUCAACAACAGCCACAGCAGCAGCAGCCACAGCAGCAGCAGCCACAACAACCACAGCAGCAGCCACAGCCAGCCUCAUUUCAACAAUCCACUUCAUCACAAGGACAGUCUCAUCAUCACGGGCCUCAUUUGAAUGCGCAGCAGUUGCAACAUUUGCAACAAUUGCAGCAUCAGCAACAACGGCAGCAAAUGCAGCCGCAGUUUUUCCAGGCUAAUAGUGGUGGAGGAGGGUCAAGAGGUGAAGGAGGAGGAGGAGGAGGAGGUGAAGGAGCUGUUGGUGGCAGUGGUAUUGGUGGAAUAUUUGGGCUGGGGCGAGGAUUUCAAAUGAGGUCGCAGCAGUCGAUGUCGUUUGGAAUAGGUACUGGGACUAGUAAUAGUAGUAGUAAUAGUAGUGGUAGUGGUAGUGGUAAUAAUGGUGGUGGCAAUAGUUGA